UUUCAACAUGGCCGUUGUAAUUGAAACGGCACAAUUUUUGCACGCGAUCUCGAGCCUCGUCCCCGAUGCUGUGCUUGUAGUGGAAAGUUAAUAUUCGAUAGCAAAGAAAGUAUUCACUCUAGGUGGCAAAAUAAUGGACGAAAUCGUUGUUCCACCAAUACGGAUAGAAGUGGCUUGCACCCGCGGAUUUAACAAAGCGGAGCAAAGCUGCCUGGUUUAUCAGCAUGUGCAUGACAUUCUGGAGGAACGGGAAACGAUUCGCACCGGCACCACCUUCACGAUACCGGUAGCGUACGUGCUGCAGGUAGAGGUGUGCACCAACAUCGACCAGUACAUGGCACGGUCGGCGCUUCAGUUCUACUUCUACGUGCUGCAGGAGUCGGCCGCUGUUGCGGAAACGAUCAGCAACGGUGCGGAGGAGGUGGAAAUUUCCCACCACAUGCUACUGCCGGCCCGGGAGCUGCUCGGUCUGUGGGAGAGCUUGAUCUACGAGGACGGCGUGAAGGACAGCGUGCUAGCGUUUGCCGAAAGUUCCAUGCUGUUCGCCCGCAAGGGUGUCGAUAAGCAUCUGAUCACCUGCAACCGUUUGGCACUGUUCCACGGACCGCCGGGCACGGGCAAGACGAGCCUUUGCAAGGCCAUUGCCCAAAAGCUGUCCAUACGGCUGAUCGAGCAGUAUCGCCAUGCGCAUCUGGUGGAGAUCAACAGCCACAGCCUGUUUUCGCGCUGGUUCUCCGAGAGUGGCAAGCUGGUGCAGAAAGUGUUCAGCGAAAUCGUGGCGCUGCUGGAAGAUGAACAGUCCUUUGUGUGUGUGCUGGUGGACGAGGUUGAAUCGAUUGCAUACGCGAGAGAAAAAGUGUCCUCAAACGAACCGAGCGAUAGCAUACGGGUGGUGAACGCCGUGCUAACGCAGCUCGAUCGACUACGCCACUUCCCGAACGUGUUCAUCCUAGCCACCUCCAAUCUAACGGACAGUAUCGAUACGGCCUUCCUUGACCGUGCCGAUUGCGUGCAGUACAUAGGCCAUCCAACGGAACGUGCCGUGUACGAAAUAUAUCGUUCGGCGCUUGCUAAUUUGCAGACGAUCGGGAUUAUAGAAAAGGAGGGCAAGUUCAACCGCCGGCUAUCAUCGGGCACGGUGUCGUAUGGUAUUCCACCGUACGAGGAUGCCGUCAUGCCCGGCCGAGCGAGCUGUACCAUGCUCGAUAUACUGCUUCAGGUCGUUAAGCUGUCGGCCGGGCAGAGUGGACGGACGUUGCGCAAAAUUCCGUUCCUGGCGCACGCGUUGUACGUGAAGAAGGAAACGGACAGCUUGUUGAACUUUCUGACCGCCAUGCGUCAAGCCAUUCGCAAGGUGCGAAACGAUAAGCGCCUGCUGGAGAAUCAUUCCGCGGAAGACGAUCCGUCGGAAGAGGAUAUUGCGCUCGAUUCGAUAAGGUCGCAUUGAAUGCCCAAAGGAAAACAAUCGUUGAUCGUCAUUAUGAAAUAAUGAUUUUCUUGUUAGAAUAGCAAUUUGGGUUCGAUCGAUUUAAUUAAGAUACGAACCUGCAAUCAAUAUACUGCCUUUGAACAGCACAUGCUAAGCUGAAUAGAAGUGUAAACCAAGCGAUAGCGUUAAAAGCGACAACCAUCGUACUACGGAGGAGCAGGAUCAGUGUCGAUCGGAAGCUGCCGCUGAAUGCUACCGCGCAGCAAGUGUCCAUAAAAAGGAGAAUAAGACACACCGGCAACAGGUGUACUAGGUCCGCCACAUGUUGAUACUGCAAAAGAGGACGCCGGAAAAGGGGGGGGAAGAAUGUGUGUGACACAGUGUACAGCUGUUUGGAUGUGUGCGUGUUUGGCUUACGGUAGAUAUGCGGUAGAAAAUGUAUCCUUGCGCCAGCAGGCAGUUUGUCUGCCAAACGAUGAGAAUAUAGUGCACGUAUCGCGAUAGUUUCCCGCUUGACGGAGUGACAUCUCUUGCUAGUAGAAACACAAACGUCGCCAUGCUAUUUAUCUGUAAGAAAGGAGCGUAAUUGUGCAUUUGUUUGAAAUAUUUCCAAGCACCAUUCCAGACUUACCAGUAGCAGCACGAUGCAUGAGCGAAGGAGAAUUCUUACAUCCGGCGGAUCCGGUGGCAGCCAUCGGGAACAGACUUCCGACAGUGGUGAUCGGGAUGACAGUGGAAGAUGUUUUAGAGGAAACGUCCAGCUUACUGUCGCUGGUAACGUACAGAACCGCGCUUCGAAGCUGAGUUUCAUAUCUUUGGAGGGAAAUUCGAGGACGUUGAUUGUCACAUCCACCGUAUGGUACCGUUGCUAGAGGAUAGAUAUCAUCGGUUACUAUGAUCUCUGUAUCCUCUAUCUUUCUAACGUAGGGGUUGUUACUAACUAUAGCAACCGAUUUUCCGACCUGGGUCGUUUGGUGUCAUUCGCUUGAAGGUACUAGCGCUCUGGAGUUAUCUGCUGCAAAAAAAAAACCCGGAAUCAAACCCAACAUAUCCCGGCUCCCUGAUGCAACGGGAGUUUCUUGCUUUGCGUUUUUAUUCGUAGGGAUUUUUGUUUGCUUUUUUCUCUUUUCUUGAUAGCAUUAUUGUUAUUCCAAAAAAAAAAAACGAUGUUAAACCUAAAAUGUUCCACCCUUUGCCUUUGCUCGUAUUCCAAAUAUGCUUAAGGAUGAAACAAAAACAAAAAAGAAAAAUCUGUUGUCAUA